AUGGAUUUGGACUAUGCAUUAAGAGAGGAUCGCCUUGCGGACCUUAUUAGUGCCAGCACUGCUGAGCAAAGGGCUACUAUGGAAAAAUGGGAGCAAUCCAAUCGCAUGAGUCUAAUGAUAAUGAAGCACUCAAUUCCAGAAGCUAUAAGGGGUGCAAUACCUGAGGAGACCCAAGCCAAGACAUUCUUGGACCAGAUAGCAAACCGAUUCAUUGAAAAUGAAAAGGUUGAAACAAGCACUAUUUUUAGUAAGCUUGUCUUCAUGCGAUACAAAGAGAAAGAGAAUAUAAGAGAGUACAUAAUGGAAAUGUCCAAUCUUGUGACUAGACUCAAGGCACUAAAUUUAGAGUUAUUAGAAGACAUACUCGUGCACUUGGUCUUGAUCUCUCUGCCUACAUAA